AUGAAAGCUCGCACAGUUCCAGCUCGCAGGCUGGUACUUGCAUCGCCCAUCAAACCUCAAACGACCCUGAUAUGCUGGCAAUGCCUUCGCAAUGACCUCUUCCUAGAGCGGAUCCAGUGCCAAACACGCAAAUACCACCCUACCCGGCGGAAAGAUGUUUCUCCCUUUGGCGCAGCCGUGUCCGCUGCUCAGACCAUCUUCAAGGGCCUCCCAAAAGCUCCUCCGGGCAUCUCGGUUGACCCGCUGAGGAUCGUGGGAAAGGAGCUUAAAUUCCUCAGCAAGAAUAUCCGUCAGCUACUUGGAUCGGGCCAUCCCACCUUGGAUAAGGUGGCCAAAUAUUAUACCCGAAGUGAGGGCAAGCAUAUGCGUCCCCUGCUAGUGCUGCUUAUGUCCCAAGCAACGGCGUUGACUACUCCACGGCAGAAUCGUCCUGUGUCCGAAGCGGACUCGACAGCGACGGUCAAUGACCCCAUAACCUCUCCCUCAGUCCUCGCCGACGCCAACCCGGACCUAGACCGAUUUACAUCCUCCUCAGCAGCCGAUGGCCAGUACGAUUUCGCCGGCGACGAGAAUAUCCUCCCCUCCCAACGACGACUCGCUGAAAUUACCGAGCUGAUUCACACAGCGUCCCUCCUCCACGACGAUGUCAUCGAUAAUGCCAUCACCCGUCGCUCCUCCAACUCCGCAAAUAUCCAAUUUGGAAACAAGAUGGCCGUUUUGGCGGGUGACUUCCUCCUAGGUCGCGCCUCCGUUGCCCUGGCCCGCCUGCGCGAUCCCGAGGUCACCGAGCUCCUGGCCACUGUCAUCGCCAACCUCGUUGAAGGCGAAUUCAUGCAACUCAAAAACACCGCCGAGGACGAGAAGAACCCUGUCUUCACGGAUGAGACCAUUUCGUAUUAUUUGCAGAAGACGUACCUGAAGACCGCCAGUCUCAUCAGCAAAUCGUGCCGCGCUGCCGCCCUUCUCGGACACAGCACACCGGAAGUCGUCGAGGCUGCUUACUCCUACGGCCGCAACUUGGGUCUCGCCUUUCAGCUCGUGGACGACAUGCUCGACUACACCGUUAGCGGCGUGGAACUCGGCAAACCCGCCGGUGCGGACCUCGAACUCGGUCUCGCAACUGCACCUCUUCUCUUUGCCUGGAAGCAGAACCCUGAAUUAGGCCCUUUGGUUGGUCGGAAGUUCAGCCAGGAGGGCGACGUGCAACGGGCCCGCGACCUCGUCUACCGCAGCAACGGCGUCGAGCAAACCCGCGCACUGGCCCAAGAAUACGCAGACAAGGCCAUCGCCGCCAUCAGCAUCUUCCCCGGUAGCGAGGCCAAAUCCGGCCUAAUCGAGAUGUGCGUCAAGGCCAUGAACCGGAGGAAGUAA